AUGCCUGAAGAGUAUCGAAACUUGAUCCGAGUAUGGAUUGGUCCAGUUCCCGUAAUCGGAUCAUCAAAUCCAGAAAUUGUUCAAGAACUUCUUACAAAUGAACAUGUUUUAGAAAAAGGUUACUUAUUGAAAUUAAUUUGGAAUCCCGUAAUGGGAAAAUCAAUUUUCACAUCAGAAGCUCGAUUAUUGAAUCCAAUCAAAUUGCCUUCUAUAUUGUAUCGAUUCACACGUGAUUAUAAAAUGGUAUCGAGAAGUCGUGACGUUACACACGAAUUUACUAAAAAAAUUAUUUCUGAAAAAAGAAAAAAACACUUACAUAAUGAAACUAAUGUUCUCAUUUUGGCGGGUUAUGAAACAACAGCACUUUCUCUCAGCUUUGUUUUAUUACAUUUGGCUGUAUAUAAAGACAUACAAAGAAAACUAUAUAAUGAAAUAAUAGAAGUUGUUGGUGACACAAAUGUACACUCAAUGAAUGUCGACGAUUUACCAAAGCUCAAAUAUAUGGAUAUGGUUCUUAAGGAAUCAUUGAGAUUAACUCCAACGGUUCCAAUAAUUUCAAGAGAAGCAUCUCAAGAUAUAAAAAUUGGCAAUUAUACAAUUCCAAAAGGAGCAAAUAUAUUAAUUCCAAUAAUUAAUAUCCAUCGAAAUCCAGAAUAUUGGGAAAAUCCAUUAAAAUUUGAUCCAGAGAGAUUCUCACCAGAAAAUAUACAAAAUCGCCAUCCUUACGCUUACAUGCCAUUCAGUGCUGGUCCUAGAAAUUGUUUUGGUAGGAGAUAUGCAUGGAUCUUUAUGAAAACAACAUUGGUUGCAUUAUUAAGUCGAUAUGAAUUCCAUACCGAUAUAAAUUUGGACACAUUACAGUUUGAAGCAGGAAUAACAUUGAGAUUAGUUAAUGGGCACCAAGUUCGAAUCACUCCACGAUAUAAUUCAUAA